AUGAGUGACGUCGACAACUGGCUAAUCCGACGCGCCCGCAGAGCUAUCGCGCAACUGCGUUCUUGUCGUCCGAUACCCGAACCCCAAGUCCGAGAGAUCUGCCACCGCGCCAGGGAACUGUUGAUCGAGGAAGGAAACGUGGUCACCGUGACUGCGCCAGUGACGGUGCGCAUUCCCCCAGUCGUUAUAUGUGGCGAUAUUCACGGACAGUUCCAUGAUUUGAUGGAGCUCUUCCGGGUGGGAGGCGACGUGCCCGACACCAACUACCUUUUCAUGGGCGACUUUGUCGACCGUGGCUUCUAUUCUCUCGAAUCUUUCCUCCUCCUGCUUUGCCUCAAAGUCCGAUACCCCGACCGCAUGACGCUGAUCCGCGGCAACCACGAAUCGCGGCAGAUAACGACCGUCUACGGCUUCUACGACGAGUGCUUGCGCAAGUACGGCAGCGCCAACGUGUGGCGAUACUGCUGCGACGUCUUCGACUACCUCGCGCUCGGCGCCAUCGUCCUCGGGGCGUCCAACACACUCUCGGACCAGCGCGAGCCGGUCGACGACGAGACGGAGAUUGAGGUCUGCGACCAGAACGGAUCGAUUAUCAGUCGUUUCUCGCGCCAGCGCGGCCAAGCCAACAACAGUCAGCAGCAGCAGCAAGGCCAAGGGCCGAGCAGCAGCGGCGGCGGCGGCGGUACGGGAAACAGGACCGGCCCGCCGGGCUCCGGCGCGUCGGGCUCGAGCGGCGGGAGCAUCGGCAACCCGGCGGGUGCUGUGCUCUGCGUGCACGGCGGGCUGAGCCCGCUCAUCGACUCGGUGGACAAGAUCCGCCUCAUAGACCGCAAGCAGGAGGUGCCGCACGAAGGGGCCAUGUGCGACCUGCUCUGGUCGGACCCGGACGACAUUGACGGCUGGGGCCUGUCGCCGCGCGGGGCCGGGUUCCUGUUCGGCGCCGACAUCGUCAAGGUCUUCAACCACCGCAACGACCUGAGCCUGAUUGCGCGCGCCCACCAGCUCGUCAUGGAAGGCUUCAAGGAGAUGUUCGACUCGUCCAUCGUGACCGUCUGGUCGGCGCCCAACUACUGCUACCGCUGCGGCAACGUUGCGGCCGUGCUGGAGCUGUGCGAGGACGAGUCCGGCACGGGCGUCUUUGCGCGCAGCAACGGGGACGUCGGCCGCAGCGACGGCGGAGGAGGCGGGGGCGGUGUCAAUGGUCGCGGGCUGAUGAUGGAGUCGGACGCGCACAACGUGCCCAACAGCGGGCCGGCGCGGCGGUACCGCGUCUUUCAGGCGGCGCCCCAGGAUUCGCGCGGCAUGCCCGCAAAGAAGCCGGUGGCGGACUAUUUUCUCUAG